AUGCUGAAGGGCUUGUUUAAGGUGUUGGAGGACUCGAAGGCCGUCCUUAUUGCAGCCAACAUGCAGGCUGAUGAUCCCUUCCCCAUGGAUGACAAAAUCAAAGAAGCCUACUCCCAUGUGGUGGAGAACACGGCGUUCUUUGGGGACGUGGCGUUGCGUUUCCCACGUAUUGUCCACCACUACUACGACCGUAACCCAGACUGGGGCGGCCUUCUGCGAUGGGGGCUCCGCUUCUGCAACCUGACUGGGGUGUUCACCGGGGGGGCACACCAGCAUGUUCUCUCACUGAUGUCGCAGGAGUUGGGAAUAAUAGAGAAAUCCCCAGCCUUCACCAACCCAUACCGCACUGAGAGAGACGACGUGAGUAACGCAGUGGCUCUCAGUCUCUGUAACCACAUGGUGCUUCACACUGCGGAGGCUUUUCAGAAGAUCCUGAGGGAGGAGGAGAAGAGGAGGAGGAAAGAGGACAAGAGGAAAGAGAUUAGGAAGGGGCCCCGCAUCUCCCGCUCCCGUACUGAGCUAUAG